UGCAACACUAUUUUUUAUUUCGACUUGUGUUUUUAAUAAAGUAAAGUUGAAGUAGCCAAGUGGAAGAGUGGUGCUACUUUUAUAUUCUUGUGUACUGUCACAUGCAGUAUAGGAAAUAGGGAGUUGGUUUCACAUUGGUCAACGGAUCCUAGGCAGUGUAACCGUGAUGCCAUUUGUAUCUGUUUCUUCUCUUGUUUCAUUUUAGAUUUAUACUCCAGAUAUACACAUCUCAUCAAUAUUUUUAUGGCUAUGCAAUCACCACCUUCUUUUUUCUCAUAUAACUUCACCUAUGAUGUGUUCCUCAGUUUCACAGGUGUUGAUACCCGUCUAGGCUUUACUGGCAAUCUCUACAAAGCUCUCACUGACAAGGGAAUACGCACCUUCAUCGAUGACAGGGAGCUGCAAAGAGGGAAAGAAAUCUCACCCUCACUUGGGAAGGCAAUUGAAGAAUCAAGGAUUGUCAUUCCUGUGUUCUCUACCAACUAUGCUUCUUCUUCAUUUUGCUUAGAUGAACUUGUCCAUAUCAAUGAGUGUGUCAACAAGAAGGGUCGUUUGGUUUUACCUGUAUUCUAUGGCGUGGAUCCUUCUCACGUGCGUCAUCAGACUGGAAGCUAUGGUGAAGGAUUGGAUGAGCUGGAAGGCAGGUUUCAAAAUAACAUGGAGAGGUUGAAGAAAUGGAAGUUGGCUCUUAAUCAAGUGGCUAACUUGUCUGGCUACCAUUUCAAUAUUGGGAAGGAAUACGAAUACGAGUUUAUUGGAAAAAUAGUCCAAGAGGUCUCCAACAAGAUCUGCCGUGGUCCUUUACAUGUUGCAGAUUACCCGGUUGGACUCGAGUCUCGACUACUUCAAUUAAAGUCGCAUCUAGAUAUUAAAUUCGAUCAUGGAAUCCAAAUGGUGGGGAUCUACGGAAUUGGCGGAUUAGGUAAAACCACACUUGCACGGGCAAUUUAUAAUUUGAUAGCUGACAGAUUUGAAUGCUUGUGUUUUCUUCACAAUGUUAGAGAAAAUUCAGCUAAACACAGCUUAGAACAUCUCCAAGAGAAGAUUCUUUCCAAAACAGUUGACUUGGAUAUUAAGAUAGGAGAUGUUAGUGAAGGAAUUCCGAUAAUAAAGCAAAGGCUACAGCGAAAGAAGGUUCUUUUGAUUCUGGACGAUGUUGACAAAUUGAAGCAACUGCAAGUUAUGGCUGGAGGACUUGAUUGGUUCGGUCCUGGCAGCAUAGUGAUCAUUACCACUCGAGACCAACAUUUGCUAGAUAGUCAUGGAAUUUAUAGUAAAUAUCAAGUACAGCCGUUAAAUAGAAAAGAAUCCCUUGAAUUGUUCAGCUGGAAGGCUUUUAAGCAACAAACGGUUGCUUCGAGCUAUGAUGACAUUUUAGACCGUGCAAUAGCUUAUGCUUCUGGCCUUCCAUUGGUUUUAGAAGUAUUAGGUCCCAACAUGUAUGGGAAGAAUAUAGAAGAAUGGAAAUCUAUAUUAGAUAGGUAUGAAAGGAUUCCUAAUAAAGAGAUCCAAAAGGUACUUAAAGUAAGCUUUGAUGCUUUGGAGGAAGAAGAGCAGGGUGUUUUUCUCGACAUUGCGUGUUGCUUCAAAGGGUAUGAUUUGAGAGAGGUCAAAGAUAUACUCUCAGCUCAUCAUGGCCAAUGCAUAGAAUAUCUUAUUGGAGUCUUGGUCGAAAAAAAUCUCAUAAAGAUUAGUCAUUUGGAUUCACAUGCUACUGUGACAUUACAUGACUUAAUAGAGGACAUGGGUAAAGAAAUUGUACGACAAGAAUCACCCAAAGAGCCUGGAAAACGCAGUAGGUUGUGGUUCUAUGAAGAUAUAGUUCAAGUUUUUGAAGAAAAUUUGGGAACAAGUCAAAUUGAAAUUAUACAUUUGAAAUUUCCAUUAUGUGAAGAGGAGGACGACAAUGAAGAAGAGGUAGAAUGGAAAGGAGAUGAACUGAAGAAGAUGAAAAACCUCAAAACACUUAUUAUAAAAAAUGGUCGGUUUUCUAGAGCUCCUGAACAGCUUCCAAAUAGUUUAAGAGUCUUGGAAUGGCCUAGAUAUCCUUCGCAGUAUAUGCCAUGUGAUUUUCGUCCAAAAAAACUUUCCAUAUGCAAGUUACCUGGAAAUGGCUUUACUUCGUUUGAGUUGUCUGGCUCAUUAAGAAAGAGGUUUCUACAUCUGAAAAAGUUAAAUUUAGACAACUCUGAAUGUCUAACGCAAAUACUUGACGUAUCUGGUCUCCAAAAUUUAGAAGAGUUUUCUUUUCGAAAAUGUGAGAAUUUAGUCACAGUUCACGAUUCGAUUGGGUUCCUCAAUAAGCUGAAAAUCUUAGAUGCUUUUGGGUGCAGCAAGCUAAAGAGUUUUCCGCCUUUGAAAUUGGCAUCUCUAGAAGAAUUGGAACUUUCAUUUUGUAAAUGUCUUGAGAAUUUUCCAGAAAUAUUAGGAAAGAUGGAAAACUUAACUGACAUUUUUUUUGUGGACACCUCCAUCCAAGAAUUGCCAUUUUCAUUUCAAAAUCUUACUCGACUUCGUAAGUUAAGAUUAUGGGGACGUGGAAAGCACAUGCUACAAAACAACAUUGUCAUGAAGCAAAAAUUAUUGACCAAUGCUUCAGGUUGUCUGUCGCCAAAACCGGAUGAUAAAUUGGGCUCGAGAGUGUUUUCAAAUGUACAAAGGCUUGGACUCUCAAAAUGUAACCCGUCAGAUGAAUUUCUUCCAUUAAUUCUAACAUGGUCUGCUAAUGUGGAACAUUUAGAUCUAUCCGGGAAUAAUUUCACAACUCUUCCAAAAUGUCUCGAAGAAUGCUUCUUUUUAAGUUCCCUUAAUUUGAAUGGUUGCAAGUAUCUUCGAGAAAUUCAAGGGAUUCCACCAAAGUUAAAGCAUUUAUCUGCAUUACAAUGCAAAUCUUUGACUGCCAUGAGUAGAAGCAUGCUACUGAAUCAGGAAGUGCAUGAAUAUGGAGGAACUCAGUUUAUUUUGCCAAGGAGUACAAAGAUUCCAGAGUGGUUUGAGCAUCAAAGUAGAGGACCAUCAAUUUCUUUUUGGUUUCGUAAUAAACGCCCUUCCGUAACUCUCUGUGUGGUCUGUAAAUCAAAGCGCGGCAAAUAUGAGGCAUACUCAACACGAAACAAGUGCUUCAAUAAUGAACUCAUUUCAUUAAGGGUCAAACUGUUCAUCAAUGGCUAUAAAUAUAAGUAUUGCAAACUUGAGAUAAAACAAGGCCAUACACAUGUGUAUGAUUUGCAACUGCAUGACUUGCGUCUCAGAUUAGCACUGGAUAACGGCGGAAUUUUUUCAACAAAUAAAUGGUUCCAUGUAGAGGUUAGGUAUGAAGGUUCAAUGGUGAAUUCACUUCGUAUUAAAAGCGGAAUCCACGUAUUCACGCACAACAGUAGCAUGGAGGAUGUUCAAUUCACUGAUCCUUUGUGAAAAAAGAAAAGCAGUUGAUAAUGAUGAACAUUCACAAUAGUGCAGAACAAUCACAAAAUCAACUGUCAAUGAAAAGGCUUAGAUUUGUUACUUGACAUGAAAGUUUUUUCUUGCAAAAUUUUGUAUACUUGUGUUUUGUGUUUGAACAACAAUGCAUGGAUUAAUUGUCAUGGAUGCGAAAAUGGUGAUGUAGCAGUUUUCAUUUCUUCUUGUUCCAGCAAUGCAUAAGCCAUUAUGAUUCAAGUUCCAUGAUGUCAACACAAAAUAAAGGGCACAACUGGUUUCAAGUGUGUUUUAUUUUUUAAUCUUUAUGCACUUUUAUACUAUGCAUCUAUGCAAUUUCUAAUGAUUAUAACAAGCAAAUAUUAACUUGGAGUGAAAGAACAAACACAUAAGCAUUGUAUUUUUAUCACCUGUAAAUCUUUAUUGAAUUUCAUGAUAUAUUUGUUAUUUUACUAUCUACAAUCGGUUGAUUUAAA